UCAACUUCGAAAAAAGCAUCGGCACUCUCGCGUGCAGAGACAGAGAUUCGCACAACCCUCGGAAAUUCUGAACGAUCGAACAGAAAGAAAUCCAUCAGAUCCAGAACCCGUCACGGCAUGUCUCCUCAUCCGCUAUCGAGCUCAUCUCUACCUUCGACAACCCCUAUUCCCAUCCCCAGCGGCGGUGGUCGAACCCGCUCGUCAUCCUCGGCCUCGCGCACUGCAGCAACCAAGAAGAUUGCUCAAUUCUUCUCGUCGUCGCCGAAAUCCGCCCUGACGGCCUCCAAAGCCCUCCUCGCGGCUCAGGAGCAAUCCCGUUUGAUAUCGGCGUCUCCGUCACUCCCUACCAUCUCCCUUUCGACGGCGACUGCGGAUACGUCGCUCGACACCGCUCCUGCGACGACCACAAUGCUCUUCUCCCCUCCGUCUCCCGAGCAGUCGCGCAAGCUUGCUCGGCAACACGCCCAGUUCGGCCCUUUGACGCACCCCAGCCACAAAUAUGUCUCUCGCCAUCCCAAGGGGCAGCCGGUCGUGAAUCCCAUAGAGGAUGAGCCGCCGCAAUACUAUUUCGUCACCACCUACAUUUCUUAUUUAAUUCUCAUCAUCUUCGGACAUGUACGGGACUGGUUCGGGAAGCGGUUCAAGGAGAAGAAAUACAGUCAUCUGAAAACGCAAAAUGGAUAUGCACCUCUGAACGACGAUUUCGACAGCUUUUAUGUGCGUCGCCUCAAAGUUCGUAUCAACGAUUGCUUUGCACGCCCCUUCACUGGUGUCCCGGGACGGUUCAUCAGUCUGCUCGACCGUGUGUCCGACGACUACAAUGUGUCGUUCAAGCUCACCGGAACCAACACUGAGACCCUCAACAUGAGCUCGUACAACUACUUAGGAUUCGCCCAAUCGCAAGGACCUUGUGCCGACGCCGUCGAGGAUACCAUCAGGAAAUACGGAAUGUCGUCCGCAAGCGGCAGACUCGAUGCGGGCACUCUCGAUCUCACCACGGACGUCGAAAAGCUGAUCGCGAACUUCAUGGGUAAACCCUCAGCGAUGAUCUUCUCGAUGGGAUAUGCCACCAAUGCCACCGCUUUCGCUGCAUUUGUUGGGAAGGGAUGCUUGGUAAUUUCCGACGAACUCAACCAUGCAUCCAUCCGUUUCGGUGUACGACUCUCGGGUGCUGUGAUCCAAACGUUCAAGCACAACGACAUGAAAAGCUUGGAAUCCCUGUUACGCGAGCAGAUUGCGCUCGGUCAGCCGAGAAGCCACCGCCCGUGGAAGAAGAUUAUGGUUGUCGUCGAAGGUCUCUACUCUAUGGAAGGAACCAUGUGCAAUCUGCCCGGUAUCCUAGAGCUCAAGCGCAAGUACAAGUUCCAUCUUUUCGUCGACGAGGCCCAUUCGGUUGGUGCUCUGGGACCUAACGGACGCGGAGUCUGCGAUUACUUUGGCUGCGAUCCUGCGGAAGUCGACAUCCUCAUGGGAACCCUGACCAAGUCUUUCGGAGCCAACGGUGGUUACAUCGCUGCGGAAAAGGCCAUCAUCGACAAGCUUCGCGUCUCGCACUCUGCUAGUAUCUACGGUGAAGCGCCUCCGCCACCCGUCCUGACCCAAAUUUCUUCUUCCCUCCGCAUCAUCGCCGGUGAGUUGGUACCCGGCCAGGGUGAGGAACGGCUCCAACGUCUCGCUUUCAACUCUCGUUAUCUCCGCCUGGGUUUGAAGAGACUCGGUUUCAUCGUUUACGGCCACGACGAUUCUCCUAUCAUCCCUAUCAUGCUGUACAACCCCGCGAAGGUGCCCGCCUUCUCCCACGAGAUGUUGAGGCGCAAGAUCGCUGUCGUCGUUGUCGGAUACCCUGCUACACCAUUGGUCACGUCGCGAGCCAGGUUCUGUGUUUCGGCCGCCCAUAACAAGGAAGAUCUCGACCGGUUACUCGCCGCCUGUGACGAGGUCGGCGACGUCCUGCAACUGAAGUUCUCGAGUGGUGUCGCUGGCGGAGCAUACCCUCUCCCACCUAAUGUCGCCCCGGAUAUGGAGGCCAAGAUGCGCGAAGCAGGAACCCUCAAGAUCGUGCCACCCCGAUGGCCCCUUGAAGAAGUCCUCAAGCGCGGAGUUAACGACGCUCAUCUGACCCUGCGGUAGAGCUGAGUGCGAACGAGUACAUGGCAAAACUUUGGGGGAAACGAGAUCUUUUUUCCGUCUGUCUUU